AUGGUUGUCCACGUCCCUACCGCCUCCCUCGAAGGCCAAGUCGCCCUCAUCACCGGUGCUGGCCGCGGUAUCGGACGAGGCUGCGCCAUCGAGCUGGGCAAGCGCGGAGCCUCCGUCGUCGUAAACUAUGUCUCCUCCGAAGGCCCAGCCAACGAAGUAUGCGAGAUAAUCAAGGGCUUCAACAACGGCGCGAAUGCCAUCGCCAUCCAAGCAGACGUCUCCAAAGUGAGCGAGAUCCACAGACUAUUCGAGGAGGCCAAGAAGGCGUUUGGCAAAAUCAACAUCGUUAUGAGCAACUCGGGCACUGAGAGUUGGGACGUCACAGAGGAGAUUAGCGAGGAGAAGUACGAUCACGUAUUCAACUUGAACACCAGGGCACAGUUCUUCGUCGGUCAGACAGCAUACAAGCACAUUGAGGAUAACGGCCGUAUCAUUCUCAUGAGCUCCAUUGCUGCUGGUCUACUGGGUGUUAAGGACCACGCUCUCUACAACGCUUCUAAGAUGGCGGUUAUCGGUUUUAUCAAGGCGUUUGCAACUGAUUUUGGAAAACGCGGUAUCACUGUCAACGGUGUCGCCCCAGGAGGCAUCAAAUCAGACAUGUUCACACAGAACGCUUGGCAUUAUAUCCCAGGCGGUAGCCCUGACUGGCCUGCUGAGAAGAUUGAGACGUUGAUGGCGAACCACUGCCCUCUUGGACGUUGUGCGGUUCCGGAAGAUGUGGCGCGAGUGGUGGCGUUUUUGGCUUCCGAGGACGGUGGCUGGGUAAACGGGCAGGUACUUACCAUCUCCGGUGGCUCAUCGCAGUAAGGAAAUGCGGUUUGGGAGUAACUGGAUUGAUGGGGGUGGACAUAUGUAUCAGAACAAAAAUAUGAAGUUUGACAUACACGUGAUCGACUUUUAAACUGUGGAAUUGUGAAACUUUUACAUGUAUACACCACUCUUUUGAAUGAACUGGAACCUUUUUCUUAUACUCUGA